UGCUUAAAGACAACAUUUGGGAGCAAUUAUCAAAUAUCCGUGUUUUUUAGGCCUAUGUUUCUUAAAACGUGACGCCCUUGUUGUCGUUCAAAGCUCCUCCCCGCUGCAGACCCUCGAAUAUAUAAAUCCUUGGCUUCUGACUUCAUAACUUGUCUAACCCACACCUUUGAGAUCGUGAUGGCAUAUCUAAAAAGACAGAACGAUAUUUUACUUCUGUCAUCGAUAGCUAUAGCUAUGAUCUUUUACUUAUUAAUAGCACAGGCGUAUUUCAGGUGAUUCAAAUGAGCUUGAUUAAGCACCAACCGUGAAUCUAUAUUUAGAUUAAAAUACCAAAAUCGACGAUUUUGUUGACUAAAAACGUGAUUCUUUUGCAAGACAAUGUCUUUCUUUAGUCUUAACUUGAGCAAUAUUAGUUUAGAGAAGGAGACACACCAUGAUCAUCAGCCUCGUGAUGAGCGACUGGCACAGAUUGAAAUAGCUUUAUUGAGCAUUAUAUUGUUAAGUGCCGCAACCCUCAACUUUGGACUAUUAGUGGUUCUUUGGAAACGGAGAAAACAACUAUCGAGGAUGCGCGUCUUUGUUUUUCACCUUUGCUUAGCAGACUUGGUGGUUACAUUUUUCCAAGUGUGUCCUCAGUUGAUAUGGGACAUAACGGAUAGAUUCAUAGGUCCUGACAUAAUGUGCCGUCUGGUAAAGUAUAUGCAGGUCGUUGGCAUGUUUGCAUCCACUUACAUGAUUGUGGUCAUGACGAUGGAUCGUUACCAAGCCAUAUGCAACCCGAUGGUCACUUUUCAAAGACGCAGAGCGCGUUGGAAUGUCCCUAUUUGUGUUGCGUGGUGCGUAUCCCUCAUCUGCAGUCUCCCUCAAGUGUUCAUCUUUUCCCGGGUUCAGGUUGCGCCUGGUGUCUACGACUGUUGGGCUAACUUCGUCAAACCGUGGGGACUUAAAGCUUACGUGACUUGGACGACGCUUUUGAUAUUUGUCUUACCCAUCUUAACUGUUUUAGUUUGUCAGGUGCGCAUUUGCCGCGCUCUUCACAUGAACUUUCACAUAAAAACUAAGAAAUGUGGGGAAAAUGGCACCAGACCAAUGCCCUCAAGGGCAAGUAGCAUAGCUAGGGUAUCGAAAGCAAGGAUCAAGACCGUGAAGAUGACAGUGGUCAUUGUCCUUGCCUAUGUAAUAUGUUGGACACCGUUCUUUACUGUCCAGCUGUGGUCCGUUUGGGACGUAAACGCACCCACCGAAACUGACACUUUUACCGUCCUGAUGCUGUUGUCAAGCCUGAACAGCUGUGCGAACCCGUGCAUCUACCUGCUCUUCAGCGGGAGGCUUCCUCAGCGUCCUGUAGAGAUGUCUGUGAGCCAGUCGGACAUAAAAGGCUGUAUGAAUCACGAGGACGCUACCAUGGUCAACUCCUUAAACAUCAGUUUCAAGAGCAUGUCUGAGUCCCGAUGAAACUGCGCUAUCUUGGAUGUACCUAGAUUAUAGAGUAAAUAUGUUUGAGCUCAAACGCAAAAUCAACAGCAAAUUAGUGUUCGAUGUCUCUCACAUGUUAUGUUUCU